AUGGCGACAAACGACUCUUCUUCCCAACCAGGGAAGGACGAGGGAAAUCAGCCGCUGGCGGCAGCGUCCGAAGCAGUUGCGAUCGCGACGCCGAAGGCACCAAAGCCCGAGGCAGCCGGGGGUACUGGUGCUAGUGCUAGUAUGAUAUGGGAUUGCUUGAAGGACGGGUGUUUCAAAGCUCUAGUGAUAUUCAACGAUGCGAAGUCCUGGUAUGCCAAGAACAAUGUAACAGGAAUUGUUUUCAACCAAAAGUUGGUGCUUGCGAGUGCUACUUUCUACCACAUGGGAGGUUUUCGCGACAUUGAGGCCGCCCUCAAAACUUUGGACGAUGAUCCCCAAAUCCUUCGGAUGACACAGGAAGGGUCUCCGCUGCAUGCAGAAGCCGGGCUGGUGGGGCAGCAGAAAAUUCGGAAAGAUCUGUUCAGCGAAGCUAACCCACGGCAGUUGGUCGUACCUUCUCGUACGAUCAGACGUGGCUGGAAACCUCCUCUUGGAAUCACAGCUGGCGUGUUCGCCACAGUUUCUGGCAUGAUUACGAGCAACGUGAGAUACAAUGCACAGGCCCUCACCAUUGAUGAACUCAUGGAACAUCUGCGGAUGAUCACCUCUGCAGAGGGUUCGGCUUUGAGGGUUGAAACAACUGAUGAGGACCAACAACCAUCACAGCUUCCCCGUCGUGGCCAGAUGGAUGAUAAUGCAACCCCAAAAUCGAAUUCGAAACGAAAACGUGAAGGCAGUACAAGUGGUGAUGGUGACCAAAAGCCUCCUGCCCGCGGCAGAUCCUCACCCCAGGAAUUGUUUUCAGCUGGCUCUCAGAAUGAUGAGCCCAAUCUUGCAAGCAGCAAAUCUACCAAGGAAUAUGGGGAUGGCCUUGUGUCUUGGGACAAAAGUGACGAGUCUGACGACGAUUCCGACAAUGAUGAUUCUUACGACGAGGAUGCUGAUGGUGAGAAAGAGCUUCACCAAUUCGACCAACAGAUCGGUGGGGCUGAGUAUGAAACCAUGCUGUCCAAUGCCUCAUGGACCAAAGCGACAGUUCAGGUUCAGUAUUGCGACAAGGACAAGAAGGAGCGUGCGUCGUUUACCUCAUCGGAAGUUGUUUUUGUGGAGCUGACCUUCACCAAUCCAGUGAGCAACCAGGAGGACAUCUAUAUUGAAAUCUAUCGGCGACGAUUCGGACGGGCGGGCAUUGGCAUGUUCAUUGAUGGACAAACGAAGUGA